CGCAAAGUUCAUAGAAGAGAAGCAGGACUAACGGGCGGCCUUGGGAAGUUGGUGGAGGGAGCGGCCCUGUGUAAUGUGCACACGUGUGAAUCGAGACGGACAGGAAUCGCUAUUCGCACGUGUGCUAUCGCAGCGAGCCGUGGCUGGAAGCUGCCAUCGCCGACCGAGAAGGGAAGGCGACUUGCAGGAGAGGGGAAGGAGGCAGGCUGCCAUAUUCGGAGGUGUGCUAUCGAAGCCGCCAUAGCCCACCGAGAAGAGAAGACGACUUGAAGGGAAGGAAAAGGGAAAAGGAGGCAGGCUACCGUGGAAGCUUGAGGAUAAAUGAAACAUGAACUUCAACGAAAAUGUUCCUGCUGGCAAUGCAGCUUCUAAAGUACUUCUUGGGGGGGUUGUCCCUUCUUGACGGAUAGAACAACCAGCUGCAAGUGUUGUGCUGCAUGAGCGUGAUACUCCAGCAGGCACAGAGAGCAAGAAGGAGAACAAAUCCAUCACGUUAUCUUGAAGCUGCAAAAGAUAAAUCGAUUGCGUGCUUCGGAGUGCAGAGUGCACUGUCUUCUGCUCUGUCGAAGGGAGAAUAGAAGGGAUAGGUGGCUGGGGGUUAAGGUGCGGGGCGCCGAAGUGGUAGUUAGCAAAGAUUGUAAACAUGGGGGGAUUCCGCAAUUUGGAGUUGCUUCCUCUCCAAAAAUCGCGGACAAGGUUGAUGAAGCCCAUCAACUCGUUGUGGGAGCAUAGAAUCACGUAUGUUUGCAUUGGAAUGAUCAUUGCGUUCGGGAUGGUGUCCAUGAAUUCAAUUCUCUCUCCCAGUGUAAUGAUGGCACAGACAGGGGAACCUGUGCAGAGCAGUGACGUGACUACCGGUAGUCCUGUGAAUGACGAGGUCUCUAUGGUUUCUUUUAGGGAGGACAGUGCUGAAGUAUUCAGGCCAGCUUAUCAGGCGAAGUUGGGAGGAGGGGCGUUAGGGAUCGGGCUAUCGAGGAGGCCUUUGGUUGUUCCAAGCCCCAAGAAGCGGGUGUUGGUGACUGGAGGGGCAGGUUUUGUGGGAAGCCAUCUGGUUGACAGGCUGCUUGAGAGAGGGGAUGAAGUCAUUGUCGUGGACAAUUUCUUCACAGGAAGGAAAGAGAACAUUGCACAUAAUCUGCAGAAUCCAAGAUUCGAGCUGAUCAGGCAUGACGUGGUGGAGCCAAUCCUUCUUGAAGUUGACCAGAUCUACCAUCUUGCAUGCCCUGCUUCGCCGGUUUUCUACAAGCAUAACCCCAUCAAGACAAUCAAGACCAAUGUGGUCGGCACGUUGAAUAUGCUGGGGCUGGCUAAGAGAGUGAAGGCUCGGUUCUUGCUGACAAGCACAAGCGAAGUUUAUGGUGACCCCCUUCAGCACCCCCAAAAGGAGGAGUACUGGGGCAACGUGAACCCAAUUGGUGUGAGAAGCUGCUAUGAUGAAGGCAAGAGAACUGCAGAGACGUUGGCAAUGGACUACAGUCGGGGGGCAGGUGUAGAGGUGCGAAUUGCUAGGAUUUUCAAUACUUAUGGACCCAGGAUGUCAAUUGAUGAUGGGCGGGUGGUCAGCAACUUUGUGGCUCAGGCCCUGCGGAAGGAACCGAUGACGGUCUAUGGAGAUGGAUUGCAGACAAGAAGUUUUCAAUAUGUUUCAGAUUUGGUAGAGGGACUAAUGCGCCUGAUGGAGGGGGAACAUAUUGGGCCAGUCAAUCUGGGCAACCCAGGGGAGUUCACUAUGCUCGAACUGUCUGAGGUUGUGAAGUCUGUGGUCGAUAAGGAUGCAAGGAUUGUGUUCAAGGAAAACACAGCAGACGACCCUCACAAGAGAAAGCCGGACAUCACAAAGGCGAAACAGCUGCUGGGAUGGGAGCCCAAGAUUCCGCUGAGGGAAGGUCUGCCGAGGAUGGUGGAAGAUUUCAGGAUGCGUCUUGGCGUGGAGAAGCCCAUUGACAACAGCGCGGAUGCCGAGCACGUAUAAAUAAGAAAUGAAGGAGAGGCUUUCCGUGUAUACACGAGCGAAAGUUUUUUUGGUCGCGUUAGGGAGUCCGAGUGGACGCCUGUUCGUGAACAUCUCAACUUCAACUUGUGAGUGGUUUCUAUAAAUUUGCAAGCCCCGCAUAGAUAGAUGUGAACGAUGUGUGUUUGUGUUUUCAUUUUGGUCCUAUUCUUUUCCUUAUACGCCGCAUAUCUCCUCCUUGAACGAAGCUACCUUUGCGGAUCUGCCCUCCUUGUGGUCCCGUGCACGACGCUUCAAAAUCAUAUAAGAUCAAGCACGUCACAGAACCUGGUGGCAGGCUGUGAACGUACGACGUACGUUGUUGUAGUAGUCCUUCAGAGCUUUGUGCUCGUCAAUUGUUACGAUUUCCAUGAUUGCCGCCGUCAUCUUUCCUUUCCUAUCAUGUGGCGCCCACAUUGACGUCGUCUUUCCAAUUUUAUAUGAGUGUUAAUAAAUGGCUGUACACAUCGGAAAUGUGCCUGAAAAAGUUGGAGACUGGCAAUGAGGGCUGUCAAUCUGUCUCCAUGAAGAGCUGUAGGAUGGGGUAGUGCUAUGCUCUUCAUCUUCUACUCGAUUCUGUUCUUUCGCGGCCUGCAUUUCUGUUCUUUCCCGGUCUUCUUUUCAGAGUAGAUGAUUAGGUCGCUGAUGUUGAAAUGAUAGGCUCCAGUGUACUUGACAAAACUCGGAGGAGGUUAUGGGACGAGCGCCGGGGGCGGGCGCGAAGUUCCCUCGACUGUGUUAGGGGAUGGAGACAGCGAAGUGAGGGUGGCCAGGCAGGUUAAGUCUGAGCGAAGAAAACUUAUCUCCAUGCGCAUAGUGCAUGCACAUGUUUAGCGUCAAGGCGGAGAGAGGAAUGAAGUGCGUGUAAGCAGGCAGCUUAUGGAAGAGCUCCUCAUGCUGCAGAGAGAAUCCGUUUAGUGUGGAGGCGAGUGCACUGCAAUGCGCUGCGGACACGCUGGGUAGGGAUUAGUACUAUGCACUUAAACACAACACAGAAGAAUGGUUCUCGCUAUCUCCAUCACGACUGUGAGAAAGUGUUUUUUUUUCUUUUCUUUUCUUUUCUUUUCUUUUCUGUGCUGCUUUGGUGCAAGCAAACACACAUCCCGUUUGGGCCAAUCCUGCGUUGUUUGAGAGCGGUCGUAGCGUGGUGGGCCUCGUCGUUUCGGAUGCAAUCUCAGUAGUUUGUGUGGCCAUUGAAUGGCAUUGUAGGACUGGAGAUUGUGACGCUACGGUUGUCCGUUCGACAAGAGGUUUCUCUUCUCUAAGAAAUUGAAUAAAGGGUGAUGUUGGGGGGAUAAAAUCCGGGACCCGGUGGUGGUGGGCUUCCAGAUAAUCUGGGACAUGCUGGGCCUUCCUUGUAAUCUGGGACACAUUGGGGUUGCAGAUAAUCUUGACCAUGGUAGGCUUCCAGAAAAUGAUGUGGGCCAUUGUGGGCCUCCAGAAAAUCUGGGUCAUGGUGGGGGAUGGAUGACAUGAAGUCUUUCUGAAGGGUUUGGGUUUGAGCUGCCAAUGGGCAUGCGGGUGCUAGGACCGCAUGAGUCCGAUGGUGAGGGACCUCCAUUCUCCAAUGCUUCUGUAGAUUCAGAGAACCUUGGCGGCAACAUAAGAGAGAUGACAUGGCUGUGCGUUGUGAAAUCGGUCGGUGGCACACUGCUCUGAGAGCUUAUGGAGGAGGCAUGUCCUUUGCCUGAGGCCGCAGACCCUGGUGUCGGAGCACGCGCAGACUAGAUGCGAGGCUGGUGCUGACAUCCCAUGUCAUGAAAUCUGCAAAGCGUUUUGCUCUCGGGAUUGGGAGGAUGGAUUUGGAAAUUUGUCCAGGUGCUAGUUGUCAUAGCAGAGGCUAAUGGUAGCAAGUGAACUGAGUUCAGCACUAAGGGAUUUUUUCCCUUAAACUUGCUUGGUUGGAACCCAUAGAGUAAAGGAUUACCGGUUUGAGAGAGAGUCGGCGACAUUGGUGGUGAUUACAUCGAUUAGAACCGGUUUCGCCUUGUCGAUGAAGGUGAAAGGCGGGAUGACAUGUUCCGUCGUAGCUUGAAUGCGCCUCCUUGUGGUGCCCAAGAGAGCAAACAGACGGCCCUCCAAUUUUCAAUGUGGAAGUCGUCCGAUGCCGUUGGUUUCUGGUGGCUUCAGAUGCCGGAAUGUGGAACGUAUCGGGCAACAAGUACAGUUGUCAUGCAGGCCUUGGUCGAUAAGCAGCAGCAGAAGCAGAAGCAGAAGCAGAAGCAAAAUAGCUCGCACAGUUGUCGUACAGGUCUUGGUUGAUGAUGAGCUGCAGGAGAGGCAAAAUAAGUCCCACUGAUUUGUACGUCGGUGUCGGUAAACGAGCGAGUGUUACAGAAAUGGAUGAAAUCCAAUCUGAAGAGUGGGCCUCGCGCAGUUGGUCCACGCAUGAACUGUUGAAAUGCAGACCACAGUUCAAAUCCAAAUGAACUCAGAUGAGUCAGAUGAGUAAAUAACUCCGAAUUUAGCUGGGGCUGUUGAGUUGGAAUACCCUUUUAGAGAAGGGAAGAGUCUCUACGUUUGGUCGCACAGGUAGGACUUGGUGGUUUCGGACAAUGCCAGAGUCAUGCAUGUAUCUUCCCGAAAAUGGUGUUGUCGUACAGGCCUUGCCUUGAUUGAUAAAAAGUGAAGUAGAAG